AACAGUAAUGACAUCAAAGAGCUCAAUAGUACAACCCAGAAAGCUAAGGCAAAGAAUUUAAAGAUUGCAAAAGAGAAGCAACAAUUCUCCACAGAGUCGUCAAUAACUUCUUUGUCUUCAUCAUCUUGUUCAUCUAGCAUGUCAUCACUUGAGUUUAACAGAACAAUUCAGACAGAAUCAUCAUCAACAAAUCGAAUCAGAAUUCCAGAGAACACAAAUUCAGAUGUAUCAACAAAGCAACUUUACACUCCAGUUCAACAAGCCCUUGACUUCUAUGAUAUUGUCAAAGACUCGAUGCAUAGAGAAGCUCAAGGAUUAUCUGUGAAAACCGUGGCUAAAGAGGGAAAGAAGGGUCAGAGUCAUGCUUUGAAACACAUGGACUCACCCCGGCCUUUGCGGUCUCAUAAAUCUAUCAAUGCAGGAGUCACAGUUGCAAGUGAACCAUUCCAUACUCUCGCAAAGUCCAAGAAAACACCUUGGGAUUCACCGCGACUCUCUUAUGAUGAUUCACUCAAAUCUGUCACAAAGCAUAAGGAAUUCCCAAGGCUUUCCUUGGACAGCAGAGAAGGAUCCAAUAGAGGUUUCAAUGAAGGAAACAAAUCUCGCAACCUGUUGAAAGGUCCACAGAAAGGGUAUGAGAGGAAUUCAAGCACAAUGCCCAAUCAGCUGCAAGAACCAGAAACAUCUAGAAGAUCUUCCAGUGUUGUAGCUAAGUUGAUGGGACUUGAAAGCCUACCAGACUGGAUACAAACUUCUGGGACUCCAGUGAGGAAUUCUAGUUGCUCUAGCAGAAAACAUGAGCUCUUGGCUAUAUCUAUCACAAGUGAGGAUGAUAAGCAACACCAAAAACUUGCCUUACAUCAGUUUAGAAGGGUUGAUUCAAUCACAAAUGUGACACCACGUUCGCGAUUUGCCCUAGAAUCAACUCCAUGGAGGCAACCUGAUGCAAGCCAAGGCUCUCAACUACGUGCCUCCAAAGGAGAAGAAUCUGAUACAAAAGCCCCAAAGUCCUCUCUGACUGUAUAUGGCGAAAUUGAGAAAAGGGUGGCAGAACUUGAGUUCAAAAAGUCUGGAAAGGAUCUCAGAGCCCUUAAACAGAUUCUUGAAGCAAUGCAGAGACAUAAGAGUUCAUUCGAGGUCUCAAGAGAUAACGCUUCGAGUUCUCCAUCUGACAAUAGGAAUAUUACUUGUCCCCAAGAAAGCUUGAAAGUACAAACCCCGAGAGUACCACCAAAUGGCCAGGCAUCUGGCACAGUUGAGAUGUCUAAUUCAACCCAGGGAAGUAAAUUGCCAAUUGUCAUCAUGAAACCAGCAAAAGCUACUAGAAAAGCUAACAAUCCUUCUUCUACACAAUUGUCAACUCAUUGUAAAUCUGGUCUCAGCAAGUGUUCCCCAAGUAAUCCCACAAAUGGAAGAUUGGUUGACAAGCAAACUGCUAAAGGUAUCAAUUCAACAACAAAAAAGAUCAAAGAUCCUCUUGGUCAACUGGUUUGUUCAUCAGACACGAAAGUUACAAAGUUGAUGCAAUCAUCAAAGGUUCCUCCAGACAGCGUUGGAGAGAACACCAUCAACUCUGGCAAUAUAACAGUAACUGGGAGUCCAAGACUACAAAAGAAGUUUGGUUUGGAGAGGCGUUCUCCGCCAAACAGUCCAUUAUCAGAUUCCAGCAUUAACAGAAGAGACCACAAUAAGCAACUUGUGGAGUUUUCUUCCCCAAGUACAACACCCACACAUAAGUUUUCCGCUUUGCAGCAAAGAAAUGAACGUUUCAGUGAGAUCAACUGUCACUGGAGGGAUUUCAAGCAUCAUGUUAAUGUCAUUUCCCCAGAUUUUGACAAACAAAGAAGCUUGGCCACUAGUAGUGAGAUUGAAGUCAUUUGCAUUGAUCAAUCAGGAAAUUUCAACACCCCUAUCCAGUUGAGUGGAAUGGAUCAAAAUUAUGCAUUUGAAGAGUUGAGAAAGGAACACUCCAAGGCUGAGACAGUAGUUACUGUAGAACAACCAAGUCCUGUGUCUGUUCUUGAUGCUGCAUUCUACAGGGAAGACCCACCAUCUCCAGUGAAAAGGAAAUCAGACAUCUCAAAAAAAAUAGGUGAAGCUCUAAGCACUGAUGAUGAUAGUGAAGAGAAUUCAGUGGAAAUACUUAAAGAAAUUGAUCAGAAUGACGAAAAAUUCAUCAAUUUGAAUAACAGUAAGGAUCCUGACCAUAAGUAUAUAUCAGAAAUACUGUUAGCAUCAGGUCUACUAAGUGGUCACAGCUCGAGCCAGAUAUUUCAUUCGCCGGGUCACUUGAUUAAUCCAAAGUUGUUCUUUGCACUUGAACAAAUGAAGACAAAGAAGAGGCAUUUCAAUAUUGAAGAUAGUGCCAAGAAGAUUUCCAGGAUUAUUAAUCCUAAGCGAAUGCAAAGAAAACUCAUAUUUGAUGUUGUUAAUGACAUUUUAGUUCAAAAACUGAUGUUGGAUAGUUCUUCCAUACUGUGGUGCCAAUCAAAUGAGCUAGCAGGUAGAAAACUAAAAGGGCAGCAGCUUUUGGAUAAGCUAUGCACAGAAAUAGAUCAAUUGCAACCUCGAAAAUGCAAUGUCAGCCUAGUUGAUGAGGAUGAGAAUUUGAAGCAUCAUCACACAAAUUGGACUAAAUGUUGCAGUGAGAUGCCAAAUAUUGUGUUGGAUGUUGAACGAUUGAUCUUUAAAGAUUUGGUAACUGAAGUUGUGAGAGGUGAAGUAGCAAAGGAUCCUGGCAUGCAUUACAGGCAACUGCUGUUUACCAAGUAG